UUUCAGUUCCCAACCACCAUGAUUCAAGCAUUAUUUAUGCGAUCUGUAGAUUUGGAAGCAUUCGGAAAAUCUGGAGAUGACGAGAGAGCCGAUCUUCCCGAACCUUGUCAUCAUCCUCUUCUUCUUCUUCUCCAUCUCCUUCGCCAUAGACAUCCUUACUCCAUCUCAUCCACUCUCCUAUAAAGAAACCCUCAUCUCCGCAAACGGAACCUUUGCGCUCGGCUUCUUCACCCCUCCAAACACCACCAACAGCUAUAUAGGCAUUUGGUACCACAAUCUCGCUGUUCAAACCGUCGUCUGGGUUGCCAAUCGCCGGAAUCCCAUUCACAACAUCAACGCAACACUGUCAAUCAUCGCCGAUGACGCAUCUCUCCAUCUCAUAACUUCUGGUAACUCCACUCCUCUUUGGUCUUCCCCUUCCUUCCCCAAUUCCAUCCCCAAUCCCGUCGCUCAACUUCUCGACACGGGUAAUUUGAUCAUUAGAGCUUCGAAUUCCAGCUCCCACUUAUGGCAGAGUUUCGAUUACCCGACCGACACCUUGCUCUCCGGGAUGAAGCUUGGCCCGGAACUGAAAAUCGGCAUCGAUCGGAAUCUCACGGCAUGGCUGAGCAACUCCGAUCCAUCGCCGGGGAAAUAUUCCUUAGCGAUCGACACCAUCGGCGUUCCCCAACUGGUCAUCCGCGAUCUCUCUGGAAGCUGGAUCUGGCGUGGCGGGCCAUGGAACGGCUUCGGCUUCACCGGUGCCUGCCCUAAAAGAUUAUUCUCCAUCGAUCUCUAUCGAGACUUCAACCAAGGCUUCAACUCCACUCCGGAGGAGAUCUUUUUCUACUACAACUCGAUCGGCGACGCCAUUUCUACACUGACCAUGGAUCAAAAAGGGGUAGCCAGAAUAUACCAUUGGAAAGCAUCAUCUCAGAAUUGGAAUCUUAUUUGGUUCGCACCAAGCGAUCCUUGCGACUUCUUUCCGGCCUGCGGAACCAAUGCCAUCUGCGAUUCCAGUAGCUCGCCGAUGUGCCAGUGUCUUGGUGGAUUUAAUCCCAAGAAUCCGGUGAGUUGGAGCGAGGGAAAUUGGUCUGAUGGCUGCGUUAGAGGGGCGGCGCUCGGCUGCGGGGCAAACGGGGCAAACGAAACCGACGAGUUCUUGGUGGUUCGCGGCACGACGCUGCCGGACACGACGGCGGCGGUGGCGGAUAUGAGCUUGGGCUUGGUUGAGUGUAAGACAAGGUGUUUGAUGAAUUGCUCCUGUAAGGCUUAUGCGAGCGUUUAUCUUAACGGCGGUGGAGGAUUUGGAUGCAUUGUUUGGAUGACGGAGAUUAAAGAUCUCAGAUCCUCUGCGGACGACAGGCAGCAGGAUCUCUUCGUCCGAAUCGCGUCAUCCGCUAAUGGAUCUAACGGGAAGAACAAGAAAAAGACAUGGAUUUUUGUCACAAUGCCAGUAGCUUCUAUAUUGUUGCUUCUAAUAGUUUUGAUAUGCGCCCUUGUGAUAAGAAGAUGGAAACGCAGAAGGAGGGGCAAGAAAAAGACAUGGAUUUUUGUCACAAUGCCAGUAGCUUCUGUAUUGUUGCUUCUAAUAUUUUUGAUACUUGUGAUAAGGAGAUGGAAACGCAGAAAAGAAGAGGAACAAUUAGUUUCCUCUGUAAAUUGGGGUCAUGAAAUUAUGCAUGAAGCCAAUAAAGAAGGGAAUUCAGAAAUAUCAUUCUUUAAAUUUGCUCAAGUAGUAAGUGCUACAAACAACUUUUCUGAUAUUAACAAGCUUGGAGAAGGUGGUUUUGGACCUGUUUAUAAGGGCAAAUUACCAGAGGGACAAGAUGUGGCUAUCAAACGGCUUUCUGCAAGAUCAGGGCAAGGAUUAGAGGAGUUCAAAAAUGAAAUUUUAUUAAUUGCUAAACUGCAACAUAGGAAUUUAGUAAGAUUAUUAGGUUGUUGUAUUCAUGGCGAAGAGAAGAUGUUGAUAUACGAGUUCAUGCCUAAUAAAAGCUUGGAUCUCUUGCUUUUCGAUGUUGAACAAAGAUUAAAACUGUACUGGACUAGGCGCUUUCAAAUAAUCGAAGGAAUAGCUCAAGGGCUUCUUUAUCUUCAUAAGCACUCCAGAUUAAGAAUCAUUCAUAGAGAUUUAAAGGCAAGCAACAUUCUCUUGGAUGGUGACAUGAACCCCAAGAUCUCAGAUUUUGGCAUGGCAAGAAUUUUCGAUUCUAAUGAUACCCAAGCAAAUACUAGAAGAAUUGUCGGCACCUUCGGGUAUAUGUCUCCAGAAUACGCUUUGAAUGGUCUCUUCUCCGUCAAAUCGGAUGUAUAUAGCUUCGGAGUCCUGCUUCUCGAGAUUGUGAGCGGAAGAAGAAAUCAUGGUUCUUGUAAUCUCCUUGCAUAUGCUUGGGGUUUAUGGAAAGAAGGAACCUGGGCGGAGCUUGUAGAUCCUUCAUUAGAUAAUAAAUUUCAGAAUAAUGAGGUUGCGAGAUGCAUUUACGUUGCACUUUUAUGUGUGCAAGAGAGACCAGAAGAUCGCCCUUUCAUGUCUGAUAUUGUUACCAUGCUUGCCAAUGAAAGCUUAUACUUCAACAGUAUCAAACAACCUGCAUUUUUCACCAUUGACAAUGAUUUAGAUGCUAGAAAUCCAUUGAAUCAACAUGUAAGUACCUCUUUUAAUGACCUUUCAAUCUCAAUUGUUGCAGGUCGCUAACA